AUGGCGGACGACAAUACUCAUCUACCCAACGAGAUCGAGGCCAGAGAGUCGUCUACCCCGUCAGAGAAAGAAUCCGGCGGCGCCCACAUCGAGCAAGUCAGAACUUUUGAAAAGGUCGAAGGCCAUCCCGGCUACUAUGAAAAGGAUGGCCUCCGAACAUAUGGCGACGAUCAGGAUCAUGAUCAUGAGCCUCCAUGGACAACCAAAAGAGUCAUGAGCCUUGUCGCCAUGGCUUUCCUCUGGACCGGCUCCCAGAUUCCCGCCUACCUCCUUGGAGGCAUCGCCCCUCUGAUUUACUCUGAGAUCGGAGGCUAUGACAGAUGGGUCUGGUUCGUGUUGGCAUACCUUCUUUCCCUCGCAGCCGUCUGCCCCUUUGUCGGCUCCUUGUCCGACCUGAUCGGCCGGAGGUAUGUAGCGCUGCUGGGAUCAGGCCUUCUCAUCGUUGCCAUGAUCAUUGCCGGCACGGCGCACAAUAUGAACCAAUUUAUUGCUGGAAUGGGCAUCUCUGGCGUUGGAGCCGGUAUUUGCGAACUGACUUGUCUGGCUGGGACAUCCGAACUUGCACCAACACGCAAGCGUGGCCUCUACGUUGCGGCCUUGGUCUUGACCAUUAUACCAUUCUGCCCGUCCGCUCUCUAUGCCUGGCUCAUUGCUGGCUACUCGACCUGGAGAUGGUGCGCCUUUAUCUCUGGAAUGUGGGCCCUGAUUGGAGCCGUCGGCGUCUUGAUAUUCUACUUCCCUCCUCCGCGGCCUAAUUCUCGAGGCUUGACCAAGAAACAGAUCAUCGACGAGAUCGAUUUCUUCGGCGGCUUCCUCAGCAUUACAGGGAUGAUCAUCUUCCUUGCCGGUCUCCAAUGGGGAGGCUAUCAGUAUACAUGGGAGUCCGCUCACGUCUUAGUCCCGCUCAUCCUGGGGUUCCUCCUCCUCUUCGUCGCCUUCCCAAUUUGGGAGAUCAAAUUCGCGAAAUAUCCAAUGUUUCCGUCUCGGAUGAAGAAAGACGCAAAGGUGCUUUCCCUAACCUUGGUGAUUACUGCGAUAUCAGGCGCAAACUUUUUCUCGAUCUUGAUGUUUUGGCCUACGCAAGCUUUCAACGUCUAUGGCCACGACCCAGUUGGUGUGGGAAUCAGAACUCUCCCGAUCGGCUUUUCUAUCCUUGGUGGUUGCUGCAUCAUCUUGGUUUUCCUAUCCCUAUUGCGAGGACAUAUCCGUGAACUACUUAUGGUGUCUUCCAUCCUCAUGACAGCGGGCUGUGGCGCACUUGCAGCUGCAGAUCUCAACAAUAUACAUGCAGUCUACGGUAUCCUCGUGGUAGCUGGCCUCGGAAUUGGAGGAAUUGUUGUCCCCGCCUCCAUCAUCACAACCAUCAUUUGCCCUGACGACAUUAUCGCCACGGUUACGGCCCUUACACUCUCGAUUCGUGUGAUUGGUGGCUGCAUUGGCUAUACGACCUACUACAAUGUCUUUGUCAACAAAUUCAAGGUCAAGAUCGUUGAAUACGUCGGAGGGGUCAUGGUUGGCCAGCUCGGAAUCACAAACGAAACGUACAUCGUGGACGCCAUCACCCUCACCGGACUUUCGCUUGUGGACCAACUCAAACUGAUUCCCGGCAUUGCUGGGAACGAGACAGCGUACCAGAUGGUUCUUACGGCCGGGCAAGUGGCCUACUCCGAGAGCUACCGUUGGGUGUAUCUAGUUUCGAUCGCUUUUGGAGGAGUGGCGAUCAUCUGCUCCGCAUUCCUGGGCAAUAUUGAGAAGUAUAUGGACGACCACGUUGCUGUUGUUAUCUAG